UACUCCACGUAAAUAUGAUUUAAUCAAGAUAAAAUUUAGCACAUUAAUCUUAUCUAAUUAAGCAAAAUGGGAUCUAAUUAACACUAUCACAUCCUUUUGCUUGUAUAAAUUCCAUCAAUUAAUUUUCAUAUGUACACUAAUAAACACAGUAAUCAGAGCUAAUUUGAAUUUCAAUUUCAUAUUCAAAAUGGGAAAUGCCGGAAGCAGCCGGCGCCGACGGAGCAACAGCCGGAGAAACCACCCGCUACCACCACCACCACCGCCGGAGAUAAACUUGAACCGGUAUUUAUUUGCGGCAGCGACACCGUAUCCUUCUCGAUUUCCACAUGGACCGCCAUAUUAUCAGUAUGCGGGGUACUUUCCGCCACCGCCGGCGCCGGCAAUGAGAAGACGAUAUGUGAAGUAUCAAAAAGCAGUGAUGAUAAGGAAUGAUGUGAAUGUGAAGAAGGAGAGUUUGAGAGUUGAGCAUGAUGAACAGAAUCCCGGCAAGUACCUUGUUGCUUUUACUUUUGAUGCUACCGUUUCUGGCAGAUUGAUUGUCAUUUUCUUUGGGAAAGAAGGUGAAGAUUGUUCAUUGACACCAAUGAAGGAAAGCUUGCUUCCUUCAAUAACUGUUGAAUUUCAGCAAGACUUAGAUCAGAAGUUUAGGCAACCCUCAGGAACUGGCAUUGAUCUUUCGAUGUUUGAUGAAGCAGAAUCCUUCAAAGAUGGUGACGCCGAUUUAUAUCCGUUAGUGGUGAAGGCAGAGGCAUUUCCAGGUGGCCUAAGUGUAUUAGAGGAUGGGAAAGCAGCAUCUGUGUCCACAACUUCCCAGAUUACUCAAGCAGUUUUUGAAAAGUAUAAAGGUGAAUACCAUGUUAGGGUGGUGAAGCAAAUACUUUGGAUCAAUGGCAUGAGAUAUGAAUUACAAGAGAUUUAUGGGAUUGACAAUUCAAUUGAUAACAACUUGGAUGAAAAUGAUCCUGGGAAAGAAUGUGUGAUAUGCCUUUCUGAACCUCGGGACACAACUGUACUUCCAUGUCGACACAGGUGUAUGUGUAGUGGAUGUGCAAAAGUCUUGAGGUUCCAGACAUAUAGGUGCCCUAUUUGUCGGCAUCCAGUUGAGCGACUUCUGGAGAUCAAAGUCAACGAAGGUGCUGAAUAGUAAAGAUAGGAAGAGUUGCUACAACAUCCUUGUAUAAAUAUCUUUCUGUUUUCACUGUAAUCCUCUCAUUUUGCGAUUUAGUUUGUAAGUUGGUUUUUCCUUUUGUCUUUUACUUCCUUAGAUUAGAUAAUCCAACAGCUAGGCUCUUAAAAUUUUCAGUGGUUGGAUAAAGUGCAAAUUCUGUCCAUUAGAUCAAAAAAUGUUGUAUUUAACCCUUUUUUAAAUUAAAACUAUGUAGUGCUUUAGUUGAAUACCUGAGUUCCUCUUUUCAUUAACUACUGUAUGGUGUGUUUGGCUUGUUUGGAAUCUCCGAUAUCAAUUUCCCUUUUCUUUUCUUUUCAUAUUUCGUUCAUGUCUGAGUUAUGAUGCGAUAUCUAUUGUCAGCCAAUAGUCAACACCAUCUGAAAGCUAUAUUUUUAGCGGUGUAAAAUGGGCCUAUUGAUUGCCCAUGUGGACUACUGUUCUUGAAGAGUUAGCUGAAGUUAGAAGACGUUAGCUUUCUCUAGUUCCACAAUAAAUAUUUGGUAUGCUAACCAUUUCUCCAGUUUUCCUUCGUAAAUUAGUAUAUAUGAUGUCCGCUUGGCCAAGAAUGAUUCAAUUGCUUGGAAAGGUCUUAUGUUUUAAGGAGUAUUUGAGGAAAUGGUGCAAGAUAUAUAACUUUUGUGCCAGAAGCAAGCAGUUGCCUAAAAAGACGUCUUUUAACUAUGUCUAUGUUCCCAUCUGUGUCAUAUUGGAAAAGGCUGAGAAGUCUUCAUAUAGUGCUGCUGGGUUCUUUUCAAAGAUAUCCAACUUCGGUUUAUACAUCCAACAGAGGCCUUAUCACCUUUCCCCUAAUGUUUGUGAAAGAUCCAUUUUUGUGCCUGUGAUGAGAGGGAAGGAGAAGGAAGAAGAGGACAAAGCCAUUGGUGAGAUUUGAAUCAAGUAUUGGUUGGCUGCAGGAUAGGGUCACAACUAUAAAACCACAAAUGUGAUCUUGUUGGCUUCUUGCAUCUGUUGAUAUGUUGUUUGAGGUAUAUUCAGUGACUUCUCCUACCGUGAUGAGCACCUUUGGUGUGCUGGUAUGAGGUGAAACAAAUAGGUUCAUGGCUUGUGUAUAGUUUAAUUAAGGACCACCAAGGUGAAUGGUAGAAUGGAUAUGAUCACUCCACCCUUAACUAAAGUCUCGAGUGCAGGCUUCUAGGAGUGGUAGAGAGCGCUUCCUUUAUUGCGCCCUAAGCCGCCGCGAAUCCAGAU